AUGCCUGAAGAAAAUCAUAGCAUGAAAAACGAAUUUAUCCUCACAGGAUUUACAGAUCAACCAGAGCUAACCUCUCUGUUUUUUGUGAUAUUUUUUGUCAUUUAUCUAGUGACCAUCGUGGGAAAUCUUGGUCUGAUGAUACUAAUUUCAAAAGAGCGUUGUCUUCAUACACCAAUGUACAUGUUUCUGGGAAACUUGGCUCUUGUGGAUUCUUGCUGUGCCUCUGCAAUUACUCCAAAGAUGUUAGAGAACUUCCUUUCUAAAGACACAAUGAUUUCCCUCUACGAAUGUAUGCUGCAGUUUUAUUUUCUUUGCACUGUUGAAACUGCAGAUUGCUUUCUGCUGGCAGCAAUGGCCUAUGACCGCUAUGUGGCCAUAUGUAGUCCACUUCAGUACCACACCAUGAUGUCAAAGAAGCUCUGCAUUCAGAUGAUCAUCGGGGCCUUCAUAGCUGGAAACUUGCAUUCUAUGAUUCAUGUAGGGCUUCUCUUUAGGUUAGCAUUCUGUGCAUCAAACCACAUUCACCACUUUUACUGUGAUAUUCUUCCCUUGUACAGACUCUCCUGUGUUGAUCCUUAUGUCAAUGAACUGGUACUGUUCAUCUUUUCAGGUUCAAUUCAAGUCUUCACCAUAGGUAGUGUCUUAAUAUCUUAUCUCUACAUUCUUUUUACAAUUUUCAAAAUGAAAUCCAAAGAGGGAAGGGCCAAAGCCUUUUCCACUUGUGCAUCCCACUUUCUGUCUGUUUCGUUAUUCUAUGGGUCUCUUUUCUUCAUGUAUGUUCGACCCAAUUUGCUGGAAGAAGGAGAUAAAGAUAUACCAGCUGGCAUUUUGUUUACAAUAGUUGUUCCCUUACUCAAUCCUUUCAUUUAUAGCCUGAGAAAUAAGGAAGUAAUAAGUGUCUUGAGAAAAAUUUUAAAGAAAAAAUAA